ACUUCCUGUACCAUAAGCAUCUGCUGGGGACUUUCUCACUGCAGUUCAAGCCGGCAGUUGAAGUCAGAGCCGGAGCAUUUGUGUGCCUUGCUGGUGCCAAGUCCUAUCGCACAUGAAAUGCUCACAUUCAAAGAGGUCUUGCACAUCCGAGCGCCAUUCAGCCUGGAUGCAACGCUCACGUCACUGGCAGACAGUGGUGGAUGAGGAUGAAACCGUGGAUGUAAUCAUGAAAAUGCCAGCAUUCACAUACCAAGAUCUGGAUAACGUAUUUGCAGAAAAAGGAAGUUCCAUUAACAUGAUCCAACAUUGGCUUCAAGACUGCAGAUCUUCUGUGGAAGGAGCACCUGAAGAUACGCCUCAAUCUCUCAAAGGCACAUGGAGUAAAGAAAACAGCACUGAUGAUGAUUUCAACCUGGGAGCUGAAGCAAUCCUGAUAUCUGAUCAGUGGAAGAGCAUUGCUAGGAUGGAUGGCGAGAAAGCCCGAGCCAAGUUCUCUCACUUGGGGAACAGCAUGGCAUCCAGCAGUACCAUCAAGACCACUUCCAGUGUAUCAGAAAUACUGUCAUUGUACCAGGAAGAUGCAGAGAACAUCCUCUAUAACCUUGGUUUUGCCUGUGAAGAUCCCUGUGCUGCAUAUACCAUUCCCAACCGGUUUUUCAGCUGUCCAUCCCAGGCUGCGGGCAUUGAUUUUAAACUGUUUUUGGAAUCCCAGAUGCAAAGAGUAGAGAGGGAAAACUUUAGUUAUCUGCCGGAAAGUCUCACCACUACGGCUACUUCACUCGACUCUUAUAAUUCUUUGUAUUCCCAUAUGAUGACGGCACCACUACUGAACAUAACUCCAGCCAGAGGCAUUGAGACUGUACAGAUAUUAUUUCUAUGAAAGAAUGAUCAUGGGGAAUGGAUUCCUUUACUUCUGUUGAUUUGCUCACUAGGUUUUACUUAUAUAGUGAAUAAAGUAGCCCCUGUUGUAAAAUAUAAAGAUAUUACAGUAUAUGUUGUAGGCCAAGGUUGAAGGCCAAGUUCUUUUAUACAGGUCAUGUAACUCUGAAGUUACUUCUAAUAGCCUCAUAUUUUUCAACAAGAGGUAAUUUAUUUAUUAUCAUGCACAAGUUUGAAGUUUGAGAUAUCAUACACAAGUUUGAAAUUUGAGAUAUGUAAAAAAUGUUAUACUAAACAGCUGCAGCUUUCAUUUUCUGCCAAACUGUUUAAUCUGUGAGUGUCGGAACAGGGUUUCGGUGGCCUCUGGCAUAAUCACGUGGGUGAAAAUGCAGGAUAUUGCUAAUGAGAUGCACCGUAGAUAUGAUUGCUCAGUAGUAGCAGGACACACUGCAUUUGUUGUUGCUCAGUAGUGGCUGGAUUCAUUUAUAUUAUCAAUCAGUACUGACUGGAAGCACACUUUACCUGUUAUCACUCAGUAGUGGCUGGAUACACUGUAUAUAUUAUCAUUCAGUAGUGGCUGGAUACACUGUAUAUAUUAUCAUUCAGUAGUGGCUGGAUACA